GAGGAGCAAGUGGAAUUGGCGCAGAGACAGCGAGGGUCUUUGCUCUUCGACGAGCCCACGUCAUCAUUGCUGCCAGGAAUGUAGAAGCUGCCAAUGAUACCAAGAAGAUUAUCAUUAAGUGCAAUCCAGCUGCUCGUGUGGAUAUUAUGAAACUUGAUUUGAGCUCACUGAAGUCUGUAAGAGCCUUUGCAGAUAAUUUCUUGGCAACUGGCCUGCCACUUAAUAUUUUGAUAAAUAAUGCUGGUGUCAUGUUCUGUCCUUUCCAGCUUUCAGUGGAUGGUUUCGAGAUGCAAUUUGCGACCAACCAUCUUGGUCAUUUCUAUUUGACCAACCUUCUUCUUGAGAACAUCAAGAGAACGGCUAAGGAGACUGGCAUUGAAGGGAGAAUUGUGAAUUUGUCAUCCUUUGCACACGUUCAUACUUAUGAAGGAGGAAUACUGUUUGAUCAGAUCGACAACAAAGCUGGAUAUAAUGACAGAAAGGCCUAUGGACAAUCAAAACUUGCUAACAUAUUGCAUGCACUUGAGUUGUCUAGACGCUUGAAG